AUGGCUGCGGGCGUGCCUGCGCUGGCCCUAGCUGCAGCGGGGGGCGCAGCAGCGGGGGCCCCUAGGGGCCCCCCGGGGGCCCCCGCGGCCGCGCGGGGGGCCCCCGGGGGCCCCCUGGGGGCCCCCGAGGUCCCCCCGACCCUCCCUGUCGUCUGCUCGAAGCUCUUCCGCCUCUUCUUCCCCUUAACUCUCCUCCAGGCCCGCAAAGGCUGGCUUGUGGGGUGGGGCUUGCCAGAUGGCACGGCCAUUGCAUGCGGGCUGCUGCCGCCGCUGCCGCCGCAGCUGGCUGCGCUGUUCCUGCUGCAGCUGAACCAGCGGCUGCUCAGGCCUGCAGCAGCGCGCCAGCCCCCGCUCCGCGAGGGAAGCAGCAGCAGCAGCAGCGGCGACUGCAGCAGCAGCAGCAGCAGCAGCAGCGGCGACUGCAGCAGCAGCAGCAGCAGCAGCAGCAGCAGUGACGGCGACUGCAGCAGCAACAGCAGCAGCAGCAGCAGCAGCAGCGACGGCGACUGCAGCAGCAACAGUAGCAGCAGCAACGGCAGCAGCAGUAGCAGCAGCAGCAGCAGCAGCAGCAGCAGCAGCAGCAGCAGCAAUGGAGAGGAGCAAGACCUCGUUCUAGACUACCACGUGCUGCCGCAGGCGGUGCAGCUCAUUGGCUGGUGGCGAGGGCCGGACCCCGAGGCAGUUUGCCCCUUUGACAAAGUGCAGCAGCAGCAGCAGCAGCAGCAGCAGCAGCAGCAGCAGCAGGGGUUUAGCUCAGGCGUUUGGCUGGACCUGUGGCUAGACGAAGGCACAGGCCUUCCUGUGCCGCUCAGCGUCGUCUCGCACGCAGCAACAGCAGCAACAGCAGCAGCAACUGCUGCAGCAAGUGCAGGCUUUGCUGCUGCAGCAAGUGCAGGCUUUGCUGCUGCAGCAGGAGUGGAGUGGAGGAGGCACUUUGGGGAAGCCUCAGGGGCGGACACUGCUGCUGGCGAGGGCCCCCCAGCAGCAGCAGCAGCAGCAGCAGCAGCAGCAGCAGCAGCAACGCCCGAAGCCACUGAAGCUGCCACAGCAGCAGCAGCAGCUGCUGCUGCUGCUUCCCGUUGCGUCGUGUUUUUGUACAGUUUGCCUUUCUGGGUGAGCAGCAGCACUUUAGCUGCUGCUCCCCACGACGCAGCUCAAGCUGCUGCUGCUGCUGCGUUUGCCCAGAGACCAACAGCAGCACGGGAGUUGCUGCGCCAAGUAGCACAGGGCAUUGGAGAGGGCCUCCAGCAGCAGCAGCAGCAGCAGCAGCAGCAGCAGCUGCAGCUGCAGCAGCAGCAGCUGCAGGGACCUGGGGACGAGCAGCUGUGCGGCUUUGAGGCCUCUCUCGCGCUGCUCAACGUCUCUGCUGCAGUCUACAACAGCAUGCAGCAGCAGCUGCACUGCUGGAGGCUGCUGCAGCUGCGACAGCAGGCAGCAGCAGCAGCAGCAGCAGCAGCAGCAGCAGCUCACGCUGGCGGCAUCGGCAGCCGCACGAAGGACCGCCCGAACGGCAAGCGGCCGCCGCAGCAGCAGCAGCAGCAGCAGCAGGAGGAGGAGGAGCAGGUGCUGCUGCUGCUGCAGCAGCAGCAGCAGCCGCUGGCGGGGGCCCCCGCGCAGGGCUGCGGGCGGGGCCUGUGGGGCCCCCUGUGCUGGCUGCUGCUGCUGCUGCUGAAGCUGUGGGGCCACUUCUGCGCGGGCCUCUGCGGGCUGCGGGUCUGGGGGGCCCUUGGGGGCCCCUGCAGCAAGCUGCAGCUUGCUGCUACGCUGCAGCAAGUUGUGCUGCGCUUCAAGAUUUGUGCGGGGUGGCCGGGGGCCCUUCGCCAGCAGCAGCGCCUUGCUGCUGCUCUCGCGGACUGCAGCAGACGCGAGCAGCAGCAGCAGCAGCAGCAAACCGCCGCCGCUGCAGCAGCCGGCGACCUGCCCCUGGCCUCCCCCUCCGUCCCCGCGCUGGAGGCUGCUGCCUCUCCGGGGCCCCCUGUGGGGCCCCCCUCGGGGGCCCCCACAGCGGGGGCCCCCGGGGGCCCCUCCGGGGGGCCCCCCGGGGGGGCCCCCCGGGGGGCCCCCUGCGGGGGUGCAUGCGGUGGGGAGGGUCUGUGGGGGGCCUGUGUCUGGUGGGGGGCGUAG